CGCGGCGCGGGCAUGGCGCGCGCGGCCGGGUCCGAGCGGCGUCUGCUGGCCGUCUACACCGGCGGCACCCUGGGCAUGCGGGUGGAGCGCGGCGUGCUCGUGCCCGGGAAGGGCCUGGCCGCCGCGCUGAGGACGCUGCCCAUGUUCCACGACGAGGCGUACGCCCGCGCCCGGGGCCUCCCCGCCGACACGCUGGCCCUGCCCCCCGCCAGCUCGGGCGUGCGGAUCGUGUACACGGUGCUGGAGUGCCAGCCCCUCUUCGACUCCAGCGACAUGGCCAUCCCGGAGUGGGUGCAGCUCGCCCAGACCAUACAGAAACACUACGAGCAGUUCCAGGCCUUCGUGGUGAUCCACGGCACGGACACCAUGGCCUUCGCGGCCGCCGCGCUCUCCUUCAUGCUGGAGAACCUGCAGAAGCCGGUCGUCCUCACGGGCGCCCAGGUGCCCAUCCACGCGCUGUGGAAUGACGGCCGGGAGAACCUCCUGGGGGCCCUCCUCAUGGCUGGGCAGUACGCCAUCCCCGAGGUCUGCCUGUUCUUCCAGAAUCGGCUCUUCCGGGGAAACAGGGCCACCAAGGUGGACGCCCGGAAGUUCGAGGCCUUCUGCUCCCCCAACUUCCCCCCGCUGGCCGUCAUGGGUGCGGACGUCACGACAGUCCGCGGGGAGCUGGUACGGAGGGCCGGCGGCCAAGGCCCGCUGCGAGUGCACAGCCGCAUGGAGCGCGAGGUGGCCCUGCUGCGGCUCUACCCUGGGAUUUCCGCCUCCGUGGUCCGGGCCGUCGUGCAGCCCCCCCUGAAGGGCUUGGUCAUGGAGACCUUCGGGUCCGGGAACGCCCCCACCAAGGAGGAGCUGCUGCGGGAGCUCCGCGAGGCCGGCCGGCGGGGCCUGCUCAUCGUCAACUGCACCCAGUGCCUGAAGGGCACCGUCACCUCCCACUAUGCGUCCGGCCUGGACAGGGCGGGAGCCGGCAUCGUCUCGGGCUUCGACAUGACGGCGGAGGCCGCGCUGGCCAAGCUGGCCUACGUGCUGGGCCAGCCGGGGCUGGACCUGGAGGGCAGGAAGCGGGAGGCCGACGCGGCACAGGCCGCCCUCACGUCCAGCCUGGCCCUGGCCGCGGCCCACGCGGGGGACCUGGAGGCCCUGCAGGCCCUCGUGGAGCGGGACGGCGGCCUGAGUCUGAAGGACGCCGCGGGCCACACGCCGCUGCACGCGGCCGCCCGGAGGGGCCACGGGAACGCGGUCGCCAUGCUGCUGCGGAGGGGCGGGGACCCCAACGCCCUGGACGACGACGGGCACAGCCCGCUGCUGCUGGCCGUGAGGGGCAGGCAUCUCGGGGUCAUCGAGUGUCUGCGGGCGGCGGGGGCCCAGCUGUCCCCCCGGGACCUGGAGGACGUGGGGACGGAGCUGUGCCGGCUGGCCGCCAGGGCGGACGGCGCGGGCCUGCGGGCCUGGUGGCAGGCGGGGGCCGACCUUCGGCAGCCGGGCUACGCGGGGCACACCGCCCUCCAGGUCGCUGAAGCGGCAGAAGCUGACGUGGCGGCCCUUCUCCGGAGCCUGGAGGACCGGGGCCCUGCCCGGUGAGAGCCUGCGGGGGGGGGGGGUGACAGCCCCUCAGCAGCGCCCCACCCGGCGGCC